CUCAUUUCCCCAAAUUCCCCUCACUUUGCAACCUGCCUCGAAACAUCAUCAACGGCACAACAUCGACAACAUCACACACCCUCAUCACGACAUCACCAACCAGCAGUCAUUAUCCCUGCGCUUACCUUGUCCGAACAUCAGAUUACGGCGAUAUGUCUUCGGAAACCCCGAUCAAAAAUGUCACCCUUGUCGGUGCCUCCGGCAACCUGGGCCGCGUUCUUCUUUCCCACCUCCUCAAAACCAAUCUGCACAUCACCAUUCUCCAACGCGCCUCCUCCAAAUCCACCUACCCCUCCCAUCCCAACCUCACCAUCACCACCGUCCCUUCCUGGUCCGUCCCCGAAGUCACCCCAGCCCUCCGCGGUCAACACGCCGUAAUUGCCGCCUUCCCCCUCCGCGACCUCCCAGCCCAUCUCACCCUCGCUACAGCGGCCUGGGCCUGCGGCACAGUAACCCGUUUCAUCCCGGCCGACUACGGUAGCGUAGAUGCGCGAAGCAAAAGAGCGCGGGAUCUUGUACCCUUGUUCGGCAAGAAGGUGCAGGUUCGUGAGACACUGGAGAUGUUGAGCGAGGUCAGCGAAGGCCGUCUAAGCUGGACCAGUCUGGUCAACGGCCAUUUUUUCGACUGGGGCUUGACCAACGGAUUUCUGCAUUUCUAUCCGUUCGAGCAGCCUCCGAGGGCACAUAUCCUCGGCUCCGGGAACGAAAAGAGCUCCCAGGCGACGCUGGGGCAGGUGUCAAAGGCGGUGGUGAGUAUUUUGACGGGUGGCGCUGAACAUCUCGAGAAGACGAGGAACAAAGUCCUCAUGUUGCAGUCGUUCCUCGUCUCUCAGAAUGAGGUGGUGGAUGUGCUGGAAAAGGUGACGGGCAGCAAGUACGAAAGGCAGUAUGUCGAUACGGAGGAAUACAUCAACGAGAGGAAGAGGGUGGCGGAUGCAGGGGGGGAGGGGGCAGGAGAGGCAAUUGAGGAUUUGGUCUUUGCGCUGGGGGUGGUGGAAGGGGACUGGACGAACCAGCCCGAGUAUGCGAUGGGGCUGUUGGGCUUGGAGGAGGAGGAUUUGGAGGCGGUGGUCAGGAAGGCGCUGGAGGAGAGUGAGGAGGGGAGGAAGUUGUUGGCUGGGAGCGGAAACUACCUGUAGAGGAAAAGUGAAGUGUAAGUUGGAGAUGGUGGGACCUGCCGAUGUAUGGACGUGUGUUUGUGUUUCUCAAAAGGUAGAGGUAACGAUGCGCCUCGGGAAUGCUGAAUCACGAACUGGCGGAAACGGCGGUAAUGGGACGGGAAAUGGGAAAGAGAUGUCGCCAUCUUAUUGAGCGAGCACCCCCAACAACCAGUCCUAGAGGUGUGAUUAUUGGCCGGGGGUUCAUGAAGCAAGAAGCGAGCACCUCACGCAAACAUCUUACGAUCUGGAGGCUCCACAGGGACAUCUGAACCACUGCAGAUCGGACAAAGGGGCCUAUCCUGCCGCGCCUUCCACUUGAGCACAGUCAUGACAGGGACGACGUGGCCUUCAAAGCCGCUGAUCCGCACAUUGCAUCGUAUCUCGAGAUAUGGGAAUUGCACGGGCAUGAUUGGUGCCUUCACAUCGGCGAACGGGCCCGACGAUUUCCGUGAUGCUCGCUUGAAGUUCGGUCAGGGUCCGGUGCCGAACCCAGUCCCGAAAAUACCUCGGCCGCUCGCGGGGAUCAACGCACAGAACGAGAUCGUCAGAAACAAGGGGAUCGAGAUUCACCAGCGCUAUAUGUACUGUCCACGUCGUGACCACGGAGAUGACUUACCUCUAUGUACUCAUUUCCCUUCCCACUUGCCAGUUCGGCAACGCUCGCCGGCAGCUAUUCAUAGAUGCAAGUAUUUCCCAUUAUUUCCUGCUGUCAAAAAUGAGUUGGGCCGCAACAAUGGCUGUGUCUGUUCAUCUUCGUUCCGUUUUCCGGGGCAAGCGGAGGAGGAGGAGGAGGAGGAAGAAGAGGAGGUCCCUUGUUGAGACGAUCCGUGAAUGCCAGAAGCCGUGAUGAAAGAUGCUGGCAAUCAGGGACCAACAGUCGGGGGAUGAACGAGCUUAUCGAGAAACUCGAUUCUUCGAGGGUACCUACCUAACGCUGCCUAGGCACCCUGAACGGGCACUGACAAGGGAGGAACGGGUCGGUCGGCAACAGAGCGUCAGCCAGUAGAGGUAGGGAAGGGGCAGCCGGACCUAUAUGGACUGGAUUCCUGCAGCACGACGUCAGUCCUACUGGGAUGGAUCGGGGAGCGUGAAGCUUAUCUGGAUCCACAAC